UCGCGAUGUCCUUUCACCUUAAUUAAUGAAGGAGUUUGAAACUGAAUGAUGUAGAUAAAAGGAUUGAGGUAGAUCAGCUUCAUACCUUUUGCAAUUGUCAAAUUUGAGGCUGCUUCUCAGGAUGAUAGUGAGGGCUUGGCGAUUCGUGAGGACUGCAGAAAGUGGGUCGGUAAAGUAGAGAGCUGGAGAAACUGCUUGACCUACUGCACUAUCAGUGGAUUAGGGGAGUCGAUGUUUCGGGCCAGAACCUCUUAUCCGGACUGGCUCUAAAGUGGAUCAUACAAGCUUUUGUGUCCUGAAGUGCACUGUUCACAAUUUGAGUACAGUUACCACUCUGGAUAAAUUGUUCAACUGUUGGGAGAAAAACUAAUUGGGAUUGUAUGACUUUUUGCUGCAGUAGAUGUUCUGGUCACUAUGGGUGCGAUUAAAGUCUCCCCUGAUUAUAACUGGUUCCGGAGUACAGUCCCACUGAAAAAGAUAAUAGUGGAUGAUGAUGACAGUAAAGUCUGGUCGCUAUAUGAUGCUGGACCCAGAAACAUAAGAUGCCCAAUAAUAUUCCUCCCCCCAGUAAGUGGAACAGCAGAUGUUUUUUUUCAUCAAAUUUUGGCCUUAACUGGAUGGGGCUACAGAGUUAUCUCUCUACAGUAUCCUGUAUACUGGGAUCUCCUUGAAUUUUGUGAUGGAUUCAGGAAGCUUUUAGAUCAUCUACAGCUGGAUAAGGUUCAUAUUUUUGGCGCUUCCUUGGGAGGAUUUUUGGCACAGAAGUUUGCAGAAUAUGCACACAAAUCACCCAGAGUUCAUUCUCUUAUCUUGUGUAACUCAUUCAGUGACACAUCUAUCUUCAACCAGUCUUGGACUGCUAGCAGCUUCUGGUUGAUGCCUGGAUUUAUGUUGAAGAAGAUUGUUCUUGGAAACUUUACAGCUGGUCCUGUGGAUCCAAAAAUGGCAGAUGCAAUCGAUUUCAUGGUUGACCGGUUGGAGAGUUUAGGGCAGGGCGAGUUGGCCUCUCGUCUCACUUUAAACUGCCAGAAUUCCUAUGUAGAGCCUCACAAGAUCAAAGAAGUUCCUGUAACCAUAAUGGACGUUUUUGAUCACAGUGCACUUUCUCAGGAAGCCAAAGAAGAAAUGUAUAAAUUAUAUCCAAAUGCAAGACGAGCACAUCUUAAAACUGGUGGCAACUUUCCCUAUUUGUGUCGGAGUGCUGAGGUUAACCUUUAUGUACAGAUCCACCUGCGACAGUUCCAUGGUACACGGUAUGCUGCAAUUGAUCCAGCAAUGGUGAGUGCUGAAGAGCUUGAGGUGCACAAAACCAGGGUUGAAAAUGGGAAUGAAGAAGAUCUUUGACUUUCUCCCUUGACAAUAAAAAUACAUUUCCACAAGAUGGCACUGAAGUGUUAACUCUCAAAUUUUGGCAAUAGAGUACAUCUUUUAAAACGUUGUGUGGCUGAGCAAAUGAGAUGUCUACUUGAUUACUUUUGUUCUUUCAUUCUGAUGAAUAUAAUUCCCAGAAAAUCUUUUGUCUGAAACCUUUCCCAAUCUCUUGUCUAAUUAAAGAUUUAGAAUUCAAGCUAUAGCUAAAUAACCAAUUCCAUAAGCCUCCUUGCAUUGCCUCUUAAGUCUGUUCUGUUUUAUUAAAUGUAAUUUUAUUUUAAUUCACUUGUUGACUAGUUAAGUAUUUGAAGUGCAAUUUGCCUGUGGUCCAAUCACUUCAUGACCCCUUGAUUUUAAAUUAGUUGUUAAAUGGUAAUGUGUCCGAUAUACUGCAUGUGUUUAGCCAUUUAUUUACCAUAAUUUGUUUUGAAAUUCAUGUAAAUAGUUGAUUUCAAAACCUUCCAGUCUGUGUGUUUGUUAAUUUGACUUUAAUUCAUCAGUGAAUCUGUUUGCAGUUACUGCAAAUAUAAAGCUAAAAAUUUGCUGUAUUUGACUUUUACUAAACUGAUUAAAGUUUAGAGUGUAAA